UUCCAUUCUGUUUCUGUAUCUAUUCUGUGACAGAACAGUCAGAGUCUGCGCCAUUUUAUCGAAAUUCGAGCUAGUUAGUUCUUCCCCUUUUUGAGUGUUUGUUAUUUUAGUGUAUGGAAUGUUUUGUUGGAUUUGGAUAACUUCUCUUUCGUAUUCAAAAUUAGUAUAUUUAUAAGAUAAUUUAUAAAUUAUUUAAUAAUUGAGGCUGUUUUCCAGACUUGAUUACUAUCGACUUUCCGCAGUUGAGUGUAGUUUGAAUCUAAGUAUAUUGAAAUUACUUUCUCACUCAUAAUGUAUCAUCGAUCGUUUUUCGCCAUUGUGUUCCUACUUAAUGUUUUCGCCACCUGUAAUUGCCAGAGAACGCCGACCAUUUCUAAAAUCACCCAGGUGCAGAUAAAGGAUAUUGGAGAUACAGUGGAGCUGGAGUGCUCUGUCCAAUAUGCUCAGAGCUACCCAGUUCUGUGGAUGAAAGUAGAUCAUAACAGGCGAACCGAACCUGUGCCCAUCUCCUCUGGAAGUGGCCUCAUUAUUCUUGAAGGACGAUUCUCUCUUCGUUAUGAUCCAGCUAGUUCAACAUACACAUUACAGAUCAAAGAUAUUCAAGAAACCGACUCCGGCUUCUAUCAAUGUCAAGUAUUCAUUGCUUUGCAAAACAAAAUAAGUGCAGAAGUGGAGCUUCAAGUUCGUCGGCCACCCAUAAUAUCAGACAACUCUACUCGAUCAGUUGUUGUCACCGAAGGUCAGAGUGUCAGCUUGGAUUGCUAUGCCGGGGGUCAUCCUGAACCCAGAGUAUCUUGGAAAAGAGAAAACAACGCAAUUCUGCCAACUGGAGGAUCCAUAUACAGAGGUAACAUCCUGAAGAUCCCGAAGAUCAAGAAAGAGGACAGAGGAACUUACUACUGUGUUGCUGAGAAUGGAGUUGGAAAGGGAGCUCGUCGUAAUAUUGCCGUUGUAGUGGAGUUCGCGCCAGUUAUAACUGUUCCUCGACCUAGAUUAGGCCAAGCUCUUCAGUAUGAUAUGGACCUCGAGUGCCAUAUUGAAGCCUAUCCACAACCUGCCAUUGUUUGGCUCAAGGAUGAUGUUCAGCUGUCUACCAGUCAGCAUCAGAGAGGUGUCUGUUCCAAACAUUAAUUAUCCUGGACUACUGAUGGACAACAACUUCUUGUAUCUAACAAGCUCUGCGGACCGUACUGACCAGUCAUUGAUAUUAUUUUCAAUUCUAUCCUACUACUCCAUUCUACAUAUCCUCUAUUUUGAACUAUAACUUAUAACAGUAUGUAACACGGAUCAUGCAUUAUCUCAUUAUAAUAUAAUCAACGUAUCAUUGUAAUAUCAUGUUGUUUUUAGAUGUAGUUAUGCGGGACAUCUAUACUCAUUAGAAAUAGUUUUUGAAACUCACAUAGACCUCUCAUAUAAGCUAGUAGUUUUAAAUAUACCUAAUCUUAUUUCUUAGUGUUUUCUCGUAGACAAUUUCAAAUCAAUGAUGAAUGGUAUCCCAAAGUUAGACUUUUUCUCUUUCAUUUACCUCAACUCGGUGUUAGAUGCUCAUGUAUUCUUAUAUUAGCUCUCUUUCUCUCUACUUUGAUAUUUAAACAUGUAGGCUAAUAUCAAGAAACUGCUACUUCGAUGUCAAUUUUUAUUAUAACUGGACUUAUACAACUUAUACUAUUUACUACAUUAUUUGUGUAAUAUACAUUUUAUAAUUUAUCGUACUACUCAGCAUCUCGUAUUCUUCUGGAGAUAUUCCAGGUGUUAGUUUUUGUUAAAUCCAAUUGUUUCAAUCGCAUUAUAAAAAUGAAAAGUGUAAAAUAUAGUUUAUUCAAUUUCAUAAUGAGCAAAUUUACUUAAAACUUUGACUAAAUUCUAUUCAAAAUAACUUUCAGUCAAUGAUCUUUAUGAUUGAAAUAUAUCUUGUGAUGUACGUUAUCCAUAUUAUAUUCACAUAUUCAUUUCUUAUUCUUCAGGAUCGCUGUUCAUUCAAUUUAUAUUCAUGUAAAAUUGUCGUAACUAAACUCAAAUUAAGUUUGAUAUUUUUAUAACUUGUUUAUUUCAUGAUAAUCCGAUGAUGUUUGAUGAUUAGAUGCUGUAUGUUAUCAUUAUUAUUCCGAAAUUGACAUUGAUCGGUUAUAUUGAUUGGAAAAUGAGUUAUUUCAAUGCUUGUUGAGUCAGAUCAAGUGUCUUAUGAAGUUUUGAGACUCAUUUUUUUAAAUUAGCAUUUUUAAAUACAUCUCAAAAUACCGUGGGUUACAUUGUUUGAAACUUCCAUUUUCUGCAAUUUUGAUAUGGAAUAUGAUAGCAUCUCAGCCAUUUUAUCUGCAAAAGAAAUUGAUGGCAUUUUCCAAUUUAUCGUUCACUGCAUUUCAUUUUAUUUGUCUAAAAUGGUUGUAUUAAACAUUUUUAUUGUUUAUAAUGAGGUCAGUAUAACGAUUUGAUCAGAUUAUUCAAUUAUUUAUCAGACAGAAAGAAAGAUGCAGUUAGGGAUUUGGUAAUUUAAUGUAUAGAAUUAACCACUGAACACAGCUUGCCUAGCUUUGGAGGCUUUCAUUUAGUAAUUACCUUUGAUUUAAAAUAAUACACAUCUAUUUACUUUCAAGUUAUCAAUGCACUAAUUACAAUAGUAAUGAUUCUAUUGUAAUGAAUAUGUGUGGUUCUUAUUAUAUGUAUUGCUCUUAUCUACUAAUAAAUUAUUCGAAGUGCAGCAUUGAUAUUUGUUGUCGUAUGCUAUGGGAGACUUUCUUUCUUAUUUAUGGAUAUUUGUCGUAUUAUUUCGACAGGAUUUCAUUUAGUAUAAUUGAGUUGAUAAUUCAAUUUGUUCAUCACAUUCUUAAUCUAUGGCACCACAUUCGCAUCACUUUGAAGUACCGUAUGCCUGUUUUCAUUUUCAAAAAUUACAUUGCAGCUCCAAGUGGAUGAACUUUUUGUUCUUUAGUAAUCAACUACUAGAAUCAAAAUGUUUGGUUGCUUGACAAUAAUUAUCUAUAACAUUUUGCACAACUUGAUUUUUCAAUGAAAAUCUCAAUACAAUAUUAUUAAAAAGCCUCCAAUCAAAUUUCACUUGAUAACCAUGAAUACAAUCAAUACAACCUUUAGAAAGUUUUAUAAUAUUUUUGUACAUUUACCAAUCAAUUUUGUUUUAUCAAUCAUAUCAUCUAAGUUAAUUAUUAAUGAUUAUUUUAUAUUUUAUUGUGUUUGUAUAUACAAUAAUGUACCAUUCUGAAUUGUGUAAUAUAUAUUUUUCUGGAAUACAAUAUGCAAAAGUAUUAUAUGACCGUAGGUCAAAUUUCAAUGAUUGCUAACCUCCAAGAGAUUGAAAUAAACAAAAAAUUUUUUUAUAUUAUAUUAGUUUUAGCAAUCCAAGCAUAUCUUCUCUAUUCCGCCCUUACUCAACAAAAAAAGAAGAAUUUUUAGAGAAUUUUUGCCAAGUGAGCUGAAGUCAAAAAACGACUUUCUGAAUUUGCACUUUGACUGAGAUGUGUUAAACAGUGUUGAAUGUUUCACACAGUUUUGUAGCUAAGACAUUUUAGAAGUAUUUUAUUAAUUAUCUAUUAAUUGUAUAUACCUGUUCGGUAUUAGCCCAAGUAGAUAUAGCAUUUUCACGACAAGUACUUUUAUAAUAAAGACAUUUUAUACUUCUAUUUUCUUUGAAACAAUUUUGUACUGAAAUUCUAUUUUUCUCGUCUCUGGAAGAAAUAAUUUUUUGAAGCUUCAGCUAGACUAAGAAUUUAAUGCAGCCUAGAUGAAAAAAAUGUCUUGUACGUAAUAAGGCUAUGAUAGGAGAACUUUAUAGUACACUUUCAAGUUUUAUUGCAUACAAAUAAUGAUAAUACUAAACUGCUAAAAAAUUAUAAUAAUUUAUUGAUUUAGUAUUAUUUUAUCUAUUGGUAAUGCAAUUAAUAAUAAUACAAUUAAAUAAAUAAUUAAUUAAAUAAUACAUUGAGUAUUAAUAGCGAUUUUAAUUUUUAUUAAAUCGUAAAUCAAGUAAUCAAGUAGAUAUGAUUUCAUGUCUAUAUAUUUCCAUAAUUUUUCAUUGUUUCAGCUAUAUUAGAAUUUUCAUUUUGUAAAAAAAUAUUCUUAGGGCCCCAUUACAGCUGCAUAUUUUUGUUUAUUGAUAAGGUUAGCAAAUUAUGAAUUCCUUUGUCAUCGUAUAGUUAUCGAUCAGAUUGUGCAAUAUAUGACUUGCAUAUAAAUCUAUGCAUAUAAUUGUAUGAGAAAACAUCUGACGAAAUUCAAAUUGAGGCCUUUCCCUUAUGAACUAUCGAAAAUUGAUAUCUAAAUUAAAUUUAUAAUUUUAACUUCAUGUUAUAGUUGUUUGAAGAAAAUUUAUAAAAUAUUUCAAACCAUGAUAAACAUAACUCAAAACCUCCAAUUUUCACCAGAUAGACACAAUUUGAUUUGAAAGCUAGCCACAGAUAUGUGAAAUUGCAUAUCAAGAGCUGACACAUUAUUGAAAAACUUAUAAAAAAAUAUGCUGGUCCAAUGAGCCUUCACAUUUUAGUUUCUGAUUAAAUCUUUGAGAAUAUUAUAUAUUAAGCAACUAUUUAUUUUGCGGUUCAUUAUGUAACAUCAAUUAAAAUCUUCUGCAACCUAUUUUAAUCAAAUAUGUAGCUGUGCUGUAGCAUUCAUGUGUGCUAUCAUGGAAACAGUUGAAAUUUCACUCAAUUCUUAUUAAAUAUCUUGUUAGCAUGCCGUAGAUUAAAAGUUUAGUAAUUCAAGUUGGAUUUCUGAUAUAGAUUUGUUGAGAAAUAUUAUGAAUUAUGUUAAGAAUUAAAAUGUGAAUUGUAAAAUAGCUACACGGAAUUAGGAAUUUAUUUUCUCAUACCUUUUAGGAUUUCUGUUAUGAAAUAGAACCAGAUAAUUCACUUCUGCUCUUGAUUAUUUCGAAAUAAAACUGCUUUUAAUAAUUAUUAGGAAAUCAAUAAUAUUGUGUAGUUGAUUUCAAUAUUGUUGUGCACAAGUAGUUCUACAUUUUUUUACUUUAGGCAAAAUAAUAAUUAUUUUUUAUAUAAAGUUCCCUCAUUUUUACCAAUCUUUGGAAAAUAUAUUCAGUACAAGAACCUGUAAUCGAUACAACCAAUUUUAAUCGUGUAGAUUUAUAUCAAUUUUAAUCAUAUACUAGAUUAUAGGCUACAUAAGUAGAUUUGUAUGUUUUAGCAGUAACCUAAUUCUUUCAUUAGGUGUAAAUAUCACUUUAUGUUGACUGUAUUUUGAAAGACAGAAUAGCAUACUUUUAUGUUUCCUGAAUGACGUCAAUUUAAUAAUGAAAUCUAUCAACAUUAGGCUUUCAAUUUAUUCAAUUCUAUCUUCAAAUUAGUUCGUUCAAUACUAAAAUUUGUACAAAUGAUUAUUUUAUGAUCGUGUAUAAAUUCUGUUAUAUAUCUAUCUGGUGGUGUUGAUGAUACUGUGAUCUUACAUUACAUUAUCUAUUCACAUAGAUAAGAUAAUGUGAUCUUACAUUACAUUAUCUAUUCAGAUAGAACAAAAAAGUGAUAAUUUAAAAAUUAAGUUCAAAUCCCUCCUUUAUUUAAAUUGGUCACAACGUCCAAUUGAUUACAGUACUGUAUUUCGAAUAUAGUAUUUUCAUAUGUUUGUACAUUUAUAUUUUUGUAAUGAUUUUUUGUACUGUACUUUCUAUCAAUAAAUUGAGAGAGCUUUCGUGUAAUAUA